AUGUCAGGUAGAUUACUCAAUGAAGAAGAACAAGUCCCAGUAGAGACACACAAUGUUUUAUCAGAAGGUAAAGAAUAUUAUCGUUUUGCACAUCAUUUUACCGCCACAUUAAUCCUUGUAUUUCUAAUUACAUGGUCAUUAUUACCAGUUAAUGAAAAUGAGAUACUUGUAAAUGUUCCAGAAUCCAAUUACAAUCGGUUUAUGAAGAAAUUAAUUGGUGUAUUACCUCAAAGAAGAUGGAUCAUUAUUGGGCAGGCAUUAGGCCUUAUGGGAAUGUUAUUUGCUUACGUUGGCCUACAAUUUUACGAUGAAGAUGUGUUAGCAGUUCCAAUCGAUGAUUACAGAACGCUUGUCGAUGACCGUAGCCAUCUGAUCACUCCUCCAACACGUCAAGAAAUAAUCAAUCAAUAUGCUUUCAAAGAGACUAGUGGUGUAAUUGAUAUUCCUAUUAUGGAUGUUUGUGAUAUAUUAUAUGCAGAAUAG